UUCAGCAGUUCUAUAUAAAUAUGUGCCUGUCCAUAUAUACACAAGACAGCGUUUAUUGAAGUUAUAUGUUUCACAACGCCAGUUCACCCACACGGUAACCGUGUCAUACCAGGGUAAAGGCGAGGGAUUAGAUAUACACAUUCUGUACAUACAGAUCUAGAGUAUGGGUUGUGGACAGAGUAGCAGUACAGCCGCCCCGCGCCCAGUAGCGGCGGUGGCCCAAGAACCUAAAUAUGCCGGACCACCAGUCACAUACAAUUUUGUUAAUAUCGAGGUCCCCCAUGAAGCCCAAACUGGCUUCAUUUUCUCUCCGGAGUUGCAGUUCAAGACACUCACAGGAACUGUUUAUCUUCCGGCACUUACUAAUUUGUACGACCUUGGAUUCCGAAUGUCGACCUUCAAUGUCUCUCCCGGAAGUAUGACAGCUUCAGGAUUUAUGUCGCUCAAAGUCGAGUCCAGGCUUAAAACGCAGGGAAUAUUUCAUCAAGUUACUGACGAGGAACGAGGAAAGUGGAAGCUAUGUAUGGAGAAGACCUGCAUUCCCCAGCAAGUGUUUGGGACAGGUCUUUUGCAAAUUGGAGGAACAGUUGCCUCUCAACCCAUCCAUAUUUUGCAGACGAUCGAGAAAGUGUCACAUGAUGGGGGCCGUCUGAUUGGUAUUGAAGUGACCGGUGGCUCAUUUUCUGGAGCGUCUGCAGCACCUGUUUCUGCAACAAUGGGCAUGGGUGCUGGGCAACCAAGCAUGAUGCUUUAUGGACACAGUCCGAACACACUUUUGUGUGCCGAUAUCUUCUAUGAAAUGCCCACAACGCCAGGCGGUGAGAAAUACAUGUAUCAGGUUGUUCCGGCUAAGAUGACAGCGGUGCUUAAAACCCUAACUGGGGCCAUCGGGGGAUCUUGGAGCGUCAACUUUGAUUGGAUCAAUAUCGUAGCGCCGUAUCUCUUACAGGGCUGGAAACUAGUGGAAGUGUUUUUGGAUCAGAAUAAUAAAAGUUUCUCCGACAGGGCGUUCAUGGCGUCUUCGAUCACAUCUGAGGUAGGCGCAAUGUUUAUCUUUGAAAAGCCGUUAUCUAAGGCAAGCGACAAUUCACCGGUAUAUGAAGCCAAAAUGGUGGAAUACAAAGCCCCAGGGAAGAUGCGGAUGACUGGAAUUGGUCAAACGACAAUUGACGUAUCCGCUAACUGGGACAGUCUGAUAGCUCAAGAAGGUCAAAAUGGCUGGGAAAUAGUCCGGAUCCUCCAAACACCGGCAACCAUUUUCAAGCAAUCGCUUAGUAUGAGCCCAGAGUUCGGCUGGCUUCAUUACAUUUAUUUCCAACGGAAGAUCAUGCAGGCACCGGAACCGGAGAAGACAGAGGAACCACCUGCACCGGUCAUGCCACCACAGGAACAGGAAGCAGCUAACUAAUAAAAGUAUCACAAAAUAAGAGGAAAAUACGGAAAAGACUUAAACAUUCAUAACACUUACUUUGGAACUUUUUGUGGUUAAAUGCCGAAGUUCGACCAAAGCACCAUGGUUAGGACGGAGAUCUAUGCUUAAAUGGCAACUUAUGUACAGUACUCUACGGCCUUUGGAAGAUGAUUCCGUUUUCAGCAUUAUUUUAAAGAUUUUUUUCUUCAGGGUACAAAAUCUUGGUUUAUAAUCAGUGUAUCUGCAGAAGCAUAAAGCAGCUGAUAUAUUUUUAUAUAAGUUGUAUACUAUUUGGAUGGUAUGUAAAUAUGCAUGAUUUUAUGUAAAUUUACAUAAAGUUUUAUCUACUUUGACUUCCUAUCAUAAGAGACAUAUUCAACCACAAUGCCCCACCAGCGCUAUUCAAAGGGCGAUAUAGCAGAGGAGUCUGUAUUCAAGAAAAGGGGAAUUUUUUUACUUGUAGUAAUUUUUACUGUUCCCCGUUUAACCUUCUUCCGUUUUGACGUGAUUUGAGUUUGUUCAUAAAUAAUAUUCCAAAACAGAAAUAUCUGUUAUUCUAAGUUAAGUGUCAGGAAAUAUGACAAGACAAUGUACAUCUAUCACAACCAACCAUUUAUGUAUAAUUAUUUCAUUUCAAUGAAAAUUGCUUAGUACGGAAAAAUAUGUUUAAAUUGAAAAUUAUUUGAGUUUUUACCUUCGGAUUGUGCUAUAAUCUGAAUUGUCGAAACGUUGAUGUAACUCUGAAUGCAUGUGUUGGUUUAUAUGUGAGGGUGUGGUGUGAGGGAGGGUAUGUGAGUGUG